GGUGUAGGGCACUGGGUGCUCUGUCUGUCGGCAGUAAGAAUUCACCAGAGCAGAACUCAUCAUCUCGUCUUCCAGCAUAAUCCAGUCUUGUUGAACAUAGCAAAACAGUCGGUUAAGAGACUCGAUCGAGUACGGUUGGUUUAGUUGAAAACGCGUUCGAAAGUACGUACAGGUGCAUUUGUUUGUGUCACGCGUAUUGCCUACUGGUUGUCAUCGUUACGCGCGUGUUGCUGUCGUAUUGCAGUGUGAAACAAUUGAUUUGAUUAUCAUUCGGUCACGCAAAAAUACCUCGCGGUACCUACGGUUGUGGUGGUGCUGGUGGUCAUUUGCAUAUCGAAGAAAAAAAAAGACGUAUUAAAUAGCAACUCGAAAGGACGAGUUUUCCUUAAACAGAAUGUGCUGGUGACUGGUGACUGGUGAACCAAACGACGGAUUUGUGCUUGACGAAUAAAUGUUCGUGACCUUCGUGUGUGGAGAUUGCUUUGGCAUUUAGAGCUCUGUUGGCUAUACAAGCGUGAUAGAGAACCGGUGGUGUGUGAAGCCGCUAAAACGAGUUCUUUGCGUGGUCAAGUACAAGCCUGCGACCAGCGAUGGAAUAAUAAUCAUUCGAAUAAAUAUUAAUCGUAACAGUCUUCGUUGUUGUUAUUGUCGUCGUCGUCGUCAUCGUCGCCGUAUAAAGCGAGGACUCGGUGUUGUUGUUUCGCGGAAUUCAUAACAGCAAUCUCGUGAGAUCACCCGUUCGUUCGUUCGUGAGUCCCAGUCGGGGUGGAAUUGCCAGUGAUAGUACAUUGAAACACAAUCGAACACGCGUAACUGUUCAUCAUAGCAAGUGAAACUGACCUGGCUACCGACCACAACGCGUCAAGGGAGUAAUUCACUACUCAGACCGAGGCGAACAAAAGCGCAAAACUGGACCACAACAGCCACGCAAUAUUAACGCAUUCGAGCUCGGUUUGCUGUGCUGUCCAGUUCCCCCGGUACGUUGAAGUACAGUUAGCUUCCCGGUGCUCUAAUACAAUUCAAAGUAACGUUAAAAAACAAACUGUUUGAGUUUCAUAUUUAAGUUCGGGAGAAAGGGAAAGAAAUAAAACAUUAAAAGUAGCGAAAAAAUAUAACCCACUCGUGCGAUUCGUGUGCCCUGCCCAUCAAAGGCCGUAUUGUUCACGGCUUUUUUUUAUUUCUGGGGGUAACUGAAAACCAGGUAAACAGCCGCCAUCGUCCUCAUCGUCCUCGUCGUCGUCGUCGUCGUCUUUGCUCUGAUGGUACUGUUAUAGCCGGUUUCCUUUAUACAUGCAACGAUCCCAGAAGGUAAUUUCUAUACACAUAUAGUCUUCGCGAAGCCGGCUAAUGUAUGCUAAUGUCAGUGAUUGAAUUACGUACACAGCAAUGACAGCUGCAUUGCACUGACUGCUUUAUGUUCGGUUGUGUAUCGGGAUUUCUACGUGAGUGAAUUUAUUCUUGGCCGGUGAACGGCGGGGAUCGGUAUCCUGUUAGUGCAGCUGAACCGGCGAAAACAUUGUCUUGCAAGUGGACCAGGUGCGAGGAGGUGUUUUUUUCCUGGAAUAAAUAUUUCGGGGAUAAACAAAACGUUGGAUUAUUUCCCGACUGUUUGGCGAUUCAUUUCGCGUGAUCAAAAAGAUUUGCGUUCAUUUGGAACUUAUCGAGGCAGAGGAUACUAGUGUCGUAUCGAGUAGAUUGGCCAGGAAGGGACAGCAGCGACCCUCGCGGUGAAGAUCAAUAGACGAUCUACUGAUCAGCUUCCUGAUCAUUGAAAUCAGACACUAGCCGUCACAGUUACAUAUAUAAUCGGGCCGGCCAACCGUGAAGCAAGAGAGACUAAGCAGCAUGCUGACACCGCUCGGAUCGUUGCAGCAACGUUACGAAUUUUGUUGAAUUAUCAUAAAAUUCAUCAGUGCAUAACGGUCCGAGAUUUAUCAACACCUGGGUGUACAGUUUCAUCCUAGGUGCAGCACCGACUACACCCUGAACUAACGGGGCCCCCCAAACAAGCCAGGCCACGAUGGAAACCGUACAAGUGGCACUACUUCUGGUAGCAGCGUUACUUACGCACAAUUUGGUAAACUCAUUUCCGCAGCAUUACGAUUACGUGAUAGGAGCGGACUACGUUGGCGGAGGAGCUACCGGAUCGAACACGAGUGGAGCAUCGUCAGGCGGCAGUCGAGGCAGUAAUGGUAAAGAGGAACGCUUCACUUGCCCGGAGCCAACCCCGACCAGUGAUUGCAGUUGCAUGUAUGCCAGCACCGAUUACGAGAUUCAAUGUCCCGUGAUUAAUCCGGAAAUUACGGUGAAAAUCAAACCGGGAAUGUACGCCCAGAUACAGUGCUACGAGAAACAUGAGUUCAGUGAGAUGCCCACGUUGAAUGUCGGUAAUACUACCCAGGUGAAGAUUAUACACUGCCCGCUGCCACCCCGCAAAUCCAUCCGGCAGUUCGUCAGUUUUCUUGGUGUGAAACACGUGAAGGAUUUUUGGUAUCAGAACUACGGCAAAGAUCUAGGCGUUCGUCUCGUUCGGCAGCACUUUGAAGGUAUGCAGGAUUUGGAGAAGCUUUUCCUCAGUUCCGGAAUCGAAGAUAUCCAACCGGAUCUGUUUGCCGAUCUGCCGAAUCUCAGAUGGUUGAUAUUACGCAGCAACCAUGUUAAACUCUUGCAUAAUGUAUUCGAUAAUCUCACAAACCUGGUCAUACUGGAACUGGGAGCCAACCAGAUCACCGAGCUUGAACCAGGCUUGUUCAAGAACCAAAGAAAACUUCGUCACUUGAAUCUUUGGCGCAACCAGCUUCGUAACAUCACUAGGGAAUCAUUCCGCGGGGCCGAGACUCUACAAGAGCUGGAUCUUUCCGUUAAUGCCAUCGAAUCGCUCAACCCGGACGUGUUCACUUUGCUGCCGGAUUUGACCGUGCUAAAUCUAGGAUUCAAUCGGUUUCCAGCUCUACCAGAGAAUCUUCUGUCCGACAAUCGCAAUCUCAAAGAGUUCAAAUUCAUCAACAAUCAAGGCCCUCUGCAAACCUUGCCGGAAAACUUCCUGAGCAAUCUGCCCCAACUGAAAACUGUAAUACUCAACCGGUGCAGCUUUACACAUCUUCCUGCCUCACUAUUCCGCGGUUCCAGCGAUAUCACACAUAUGGAUCUCAGCUACAAUCAACUCAGCUCCGUGCCGAAACAGCUUCUCAGGGAUCAGCUGCGGCUGCAAGAUUUGAACCUAGCCUACAACGAACUAGAGAUGAUUCCCGAUGGGUUGUUCGAAAAUACCAAGGAGCUUCUAACACUGCAGCUGUCCAACAAUCGGCUGUAUAAUUUAUCAGCUCUUAUAUUUUCUUCCCUGGAAAAACUUACCGUGCUAAACAUCGACAACAAUCAUCUGCACGUGAUCGACAAGCUCACGUUCAGUGGAACCAUCGCGCUGGAAAAACUCUACAUGCAGAACAAUCGGCUAUCGUUCAACGAGUUGAGUUUCGUUAUGCAGGAACUGGACAUCACCGACAGUGACGGUACACCGUUCCAGUACCUGAACAAUCUUCGUGUGCUGAAUCUGCGCAACAAUAGCAUCACAACAAUCUUCCGCGAUUGGAACUACAACACGCUGAAGCUGCGCGAACUAGAUCUCAGCUACAACAACAUCUCGACAUUGUCCUAUCUGAGUCUACAGUUCGUAUCCGAAGACAUCCGGGUUAACCUUUCGCACAAUCGCAUCACGGAAAUCGACCUGAAGGAUAUGGAACCGCUUAUAACGUCGCAACGUCAGCAGAGCGAAGACGGAAAGAUCCGGGUAGAUGUGAACAACAAUCCGCUGAACUGCAACUGUGUCAUCUUCACCUUCGUUCAGUACUUACUGAAUGAACUGGAUAGGGCUGUGUAUCAACGUAUUCAGUUUUCGGCCGACAACCUAAGCUGCAUGGAACCGGAGGAACACAAAGGGACACAAGUUAUGCAGUUGCAAACCAAAGAUCUCCUCUGUCAACUGGAUCAACCCGGCACGGAAAUCAAACGUUGCCCGGCCAAAUGCAGCUGUUUCGUACGACCGGUGGAUCGUGGUGUCAUUGUGAACUGUACUCGGCAAGGGUUGGUCGAGGUGCCGCCACUGCCGCAACCAGCCAUGUUCGGGUUCAACUUCCUCGAGUUACACAUCGAGGAAAACAACAUCACCAAACUGCCGACGGAAAGUCUUGCCGGAUACGCUAGAGUUGCCGAACUGUACGCUACCGGCAAUGGCAUCACUGUAUUGGAACCGGAGAAUCUUCCCACCAGUUUGCGGAUAUUGGAUCUGACCAAAAAUAAGUUAACCAUGUUGAAUCAUUCCGUCGUGGAAGCGUUGAACAAUAGCAAGCAAUUGGCAAGUUUACAGCUUUCGGACAACCGGUGGCGCUGUGAUUGUGCUUCGUCACAGUUUCUGAAUUUCGUACAACAAAAUCACAAAAAGGUUGUAGAUAUCGGGCAAGUAACCUGUGAAGAUGGUCGGACGUUCGAUUCGAUUACGGUUAGCAUUCUCUGCAAUGAAAAUACCACCACCAUCAUCGCCGUCAGUAUUAUUCUGUCGAUCGUGGGUCUUCUGAUUGGACUGUUCACGGUGCUGUACUUUGCCUAUCAAACGGAGAUCAAGGUUUAUAUGUUCACGCAUAACAUUUUCAUGUGGUUGGUAUCGGAAGAGGAUCUAGACAAGGACAAACUGUACGAUGCGUUUAUUUCCUACUCCCACAAAGAUGAGGAAUUCAUUACGGAACAUCUGGUGCCGACACUGGAGAAGGAACCAAUGAAUUUCAAGACUUGUUGGCACGUUCGCGAUUGGAUGCCGGGAGAGUUGAUUCCAACACAGAUCACGAAAUCCGUAGACGACUCACGCCGAACCAUCGUAGUACUUUCAGCAAACUUCCUGGAAUCAGGCUGGGGUCGCAUGGAAUUCCGUACUGCACACCUCAAUUCAAUGGCCGAAAAGCGUGUGCGAGUGAUUGUAAUCCUCUACGGUGACAUCGGUGAUAUCGAGGAACUGGACUCGGAAGUAAAGGCAUAUCUCAAGAUGAAUACCUACGUGAAAUGGGGUGAUCCGUGGUUCUGGGAUAAACUGCGCUAUGCUAUGCCACAUCCUCCGGCCGUCAGAGGACUCAAGAACAAGGGUUUGGUCAAGAACCAUAUCAAGAGCUCCGUCGAUGACAAACUAGAACUGAUCAAACCUGUCCCUGUUACUCCUCCUCCAUUGACUACUCCGCCGGCAGAAAUGAACGGACAAAUAACCCCACCGUUUACCAUCUCCAAUGGCAAAGUGAUGAACGGAAACGGCUACCACGCCAACGGGCACAUAAUGAAUGGGCAUAUCACCAAUGGUCACGUAAACGGUGCCUUCAUGAUAAACAGCAAUGCCAAACAAAGUGACGUGUAGCUGGCCGUUUCCAACGUUGUCGAUUUUGGGAAACAAUUGAAUCACUGGCAGUAGUAAAAACCGCUGAAACCAAACCAAGAAUCAGACUGAAUUGAUGCGUGAGAUUAGAGGCACACCUUAUGUCGACAGCAUAACUGUACUCUGCACAAUAGUUGGACCCUUAAAUCACGAAAGCGAUAAUUUGACAUGUGAUAAAAUUUAGGCACACGAAAAAUACAAGUGCUGUACAGUAAACCACGUAUAUCGAAAAGUGUUUAUAAGAACCAAACAUAUCCCCACACCUACGACACAGUUGGGUACAGAGUGUAAUCUCACCAAUUCCACUAAAUAUCUUUAACGAAUCUGAGGCUUCUACACUAGGAAGAAGCCAUAGUGCAAAAUGCGAGCUUCUGAAUGGAAACGGAAACACAAAUCAACGAUGAGCCUUUUGUACAUAGAUGACAAAAAAAGCCUUAUUUAUUUCGUAUAACUAUCCCACUUUCGGUGACGUAGCGAAACGUUACAUAAAUGUCCUGCUGUUAAGUAAAUGUUAAUAUCCUGUGUAAUAUCCUAACAACACCGAAUUGUGGUACACCGCAUCCUCCUUGUGCGUAAUGUGCAGAUACGUGAAAAAUGCACGUACGAAAAUCGCCACACUAUAGGCGUAGUAACUAUGUUAGGUAAUGCCAGAGAAUUAUUUUCUUUAAUUUGUUUGUGUAAGUAUAGUAUAGUGAACGUGAUUGUUUGUUAACCGUAAGCUACCUUUGUAGGACAACAGAUUUAGCUUUAGUAGUUCGAUUUUAAUACGGAACAAGUAUCUGAUCUUAUCCAAAUAUUGUAGCAAUAUAAAGACGAGUUUCAAGAGCAGUGAAACGGAUGUUCUAUGGAUGAAUAAACAUGUACAUUUUUAAAACAGA